AUGGGCCAGGCUCAGGUGACCAAAUACGAGUCCGAGUCUUUAGUAGAGUCAUCCUGUUUGCCAAAAUUGCAUCUCCUCUUGCUGGGUUAUUCUGGCUCAGGCAAGACCUCAUCCUGCAUCACCAUCACUGGCCAAGAUCAACUUCAGACCUUGCAGACAACAAAAGAGCCAAUUCUCUGCACCAAGACAUUAGGCGGCAAGCUUCUCCUCCUCGUAGACACACCGGGAUGGAAUCUGAACUCGGUAGACCCAGCACCAGAGAACCUGGACAGCCAGAGCUCUACCGCAGCACUCAUCAAGAACUUGUGUUAUCCCGGCCUGCACGCCGUGCUGCUGGCCGUGCCUAUAGGAGAGCCGUUCACCGAACGCCACAGUCGGGGCAUCGUAGAGCGUCUUGAAGCAGCUGGGACAGACGUAUGGAAAUUCACUGUAGUGUUGUUCACCAGGGCAGACAAGCUCUGGGGAAACAGCGUGGAGGAGUUUAUCACAGAGGAAGGAACUGCCCUCCAGAGGCUGGUGGAGAGGUGCAGGAACCGGUACCAUGUUUUAAACAACACGUGCACAGACAACAGCUCUCAGGUUAGUGAACUGCUAGAAAAGGUGGAAGAGAUGGUGCAGGACAAUAAGGGAUAUUUCUUUGCAAUCAAUGACAGCAUUCAGAUAUCCGUGUCCGAAAGGAUUUCGCAAGGAAAUAGGCCCAAUGGAGGACUCACAGUCAAUGUUGGGAUGACUUCAGCAAUGUUUCGAUCACCCCCGAGAGAGCUGCGGAUGUUAUUAGUGGGAUGGCAGGGUGCAGGUAAGAGUUCAGCAGGAAACAUGAUCCUGGGGGGGCGCAAAUUCGAAUCAAGCUGCCUCACGAAAACGUCCUCGCGGCGCCAAGCUCACGUGAGUGGGUGGCGCGUUACGGUUGUGGACACUCCGGGCUGGGACUGGUUCUCCGUCCGCCGCACGCCUUACUCCAUUAAGAAGGAAAUCAAACAAGGGGCGAAACUGCUUCAUCCCGGCCCACACGUCCUGCUGUUGGUCAUUCCUGUCAUUUCAACACUAUCAUCCAGAAAGAGGCGGACUCUCGAAAACCACCUGAAGAUGUUUGGGGAGGACGUGUAUCUCCACACUAUGGUGCUAUUUUCCUGCGGCGACUGGCUGGGCUGUAAACCAAUCGAGGACCAGAUCCAAAAGGAUGGCGGGCACUUGCUGAGUCUUGUGGAGCGCUGCUAUAACUACUACCAUGUGCUCGACAGCACCAAAGCAGGCAGAGGCCAGGAACAGGUGGCUGAACUUCUGCUUAAAGUGGAGGAAAUGGUGGCACAAAAUGAGGAAGAACCAUUUUUACCUGUUAAAUUGAAUGAAGAGCAAGAUGAUGAAACAUCAUGUGAGCUCUGUGCUCUGCAGUGA